CUGGUUAAUGUGUAAUCCACCUUUUCCCCACAAAAAAUCACUAGCCGGGUACGGGCUAGGACGGGAGGGGGAUCCACAAGGGAACAUUGCCCCUCAUAAGGCCAUCCCUAUUCUGAUUCUCUUGAUCCGCUUCUGAAUAGCCUCCGAGACACCAGUGGACUACCAUGGAUAGAGGUUCUGCUGCAGCUGGGGGCGUUCUGCUUCACCUGGACAUCCAUGUGGAUGAGGAGAAACCAAGGCUUGGAAUCCUUGAGCUUCUUAAAACACUACGUCCACAGUGGAAGACUGAGGACAUUCAGAUGAAGGUGUUCACGGAGGGCAUCACCAACUGCCUGACGGGCUGCUACGUGGGCUCUCUGCAGGAGGCCUGUGUCCUGGUGCGAGUCUACGGGAGGAACACAGAGCUGUACUUGGACCGCCAGCGGGAGGUGGAGAUGUUUCAGCUUCUCCACGCUCACCAUUGUGGUCCUCUGAUAUACUGCAGCUUCCACAACGGCAUCUGCUAUGAGUUUGUGAGGGGAGAGGUGCUGGAUGACCGGUUGCUCAGGCAACCUUCCAUAUUCAGAUUAAUCGCUGCAGAGAUGGGGAGGAUCCACUCCAUCAAGCCCCCGGCCACUGGGCCGGCGGAGGCUGUGCUGUGGGCCAGGAUGGCCAAGCUGCUCACGCUGGUCGGGAACAACGUCCAGGACGGACCUGACACCCACAGUCCCCAGAACGUGCCUGGCCUCCCCAGCCACAAGGUCCUGUCAGACGAGAUGGAGACGCUGAAGAAGCAUCUCUCAGACACGCUCUCCCCGGUGGUUCUGAGUCACAACGACCUCCUGACUAAAAACAUCGUCUACAACCUCCCAGAGGGAACAGUGAAAUUCAUUGACUAUGAGUACGCAGAUUACAACUACCAGGCCUUCGAUAUCGGGAACCACUUCAAUGAAUUCGCUGGGGUGAGUGACAUGGACUUCAGCCGCUACCCGAGCCGGGGGCUCCAGAGAGAGUGGCUGAGGGCGUACCUGGAGAGCUACCGGCGGGCCUCUGGGCAGCCCAGCCCCCCCACCGAGACAGAGGUCACCGCACUCUACAUCCAGGUCUGCAAGUUCUCCCUGGCCUCCAACUUCUUCUGGGGGCUCUGGGCUAUGCUGCAGUCCCACUUCUCCUCCAUCGACUUCGACUUCAAGAGGUUUGAGCCUCUUCUUCCUCCCUCGGUCCAGGUAGCAGAACAUGAACCGCAGGAAGGAUUAGGAAGAAGCAAAUAGAAGAUAAAUGAUUGCGGAAGAUAAAAAGAUGUUUAUAACAUCCUGUGUCGUUUUAGACAAACAAAAAUAAAGUCUAUGUUCUUCCUGGAUGUGAGCAGCCUGCCGUGGGGCCUGUGC